AUGAGACUGGUUAGAGCAGUAAAACAUAUUGGUCAGAAUGCAGAGAAGUUCAGGUUUGAUUUGAAAGUUGAAAAUCUUCAUGUAUUUUUACAUGAGGAAUGCGAAAUUACUAUAGAUUGGAUAAGAGGCCCAAAGAGAAUUUCUGGGAAAGAGACAGUAUCAUGUGUAAAUGGAAGUAUAAUACAUCCUUUUUAUCAGCCAAUGGUCUUGAUUGCAACACUUUUUCAAAAAUCAUCUCAGAAACCAGGAAAAACACAAUCUAAUUCAGAGACAUUCUUGCCAAAAGAUUCAAGACUUGUCGUAUAUGGCAGAUUCAAAGGCAAUCCUCUAGUUACAUUGAUUGGUGAAGUACCUUUGGAGCUUUCAAGCUUUGCAAACAGCUAUAGAUUAGCAGGUUACGAAGUUUCAGAACCUGUGAGAGUUGAAAUUCCUUUAAUUAAAUGCUCGGACCCGAAUUCAUUUAUUGAGAUUUAUGUUACUUGUUCCUCCUUAGGUCAAGUUUCGGAAGGCUUUGAUGACACAGCUUCCAUGAUGUCUGGAUUUACUUCAGUUUACAGUGAAAUCUCUGAAAUUCCGGUCCAGAACUUGAGUGAAUUAAAAAACAAUUUUGCAAAUACUAGUGAUUUCUCUUCAAAUAAAAAUAGGGUUAAUCAAAAAGGACUUAUCAUAAAUGAUUUUGACAAAAAGGAUACCAAGUUGUCUUGCGAAAGUACGUUAGGAAUUCCAAUGUUCUCAAUUAAGGAAGAUAUUGAAGUUAGUAAUGAAACAAUUAGAGAAACAGAAGAGUUAACUGAGACUGCUACUAUUGUUGACGUUGAAGUUAAUAAUGAGAAAUCAGAAGCUCAGAUCCAUAAUAUAACUCAUAAUGAAAAUACAUUAGACACAGUUACCAGUGGCUUAAAUCCAAUUAAUAAUCAUAAUCACCAUCAUAAUGAGAUCAAUCAAAAAACCGCUCCAAGUUAUUACCCAAAUCCAAUUAUUAAGUUACCGAACCAAUCAGUAGAAAACUUUAAGACGUUUGAUUCUGCUUCAGAACAGGGAGUUACAAAAGCUUCAUCUCCUCAUUCAUCAACGUCUCAUGAAAUACUUACUCAAAGGUUAUAUAUGGAACAGGAGGAAUAUAGAAGAAAGAUUCAUGAAUAUAACAUGGAGAUAAGUUCUUUAAAACAACAACUACAGAUAUAUUCGGAACAGGAAAAGAACUGGAAACAGAGAGAAGCAGAUUUAAUGAAUGAAAUUAUGCUUUUGAGAAAUACCGAGGAUCUGAGUGAUAAAUCUGACGACAAAAGCAAUACUGAAGCUAAUAAAGGUGCAAAAGUUGUGGGAUUGGAUGAUUAUUGUUUAUUACAACAGGAAGUUAGUGAGCUUACUGGAAUUAGAGAUGAAUUGAGACGCCUAAGAGAAUCCGAUAGAUUUAAAUAUGAGAAAUAUAUUUCCCAAUUAGAAAAUCAAAUUCAAGACAUUACUAAGCAAUUUGAAAUUUAUAAAAGGAAUGGCCAAAUACAGGAUGAAGUUGAAGAAGAAAUCUUUUCCAUUCCUAAACAUCCAAGUUCUUUUGCUACUGCUAAUAGCCAUGCUUCAGAGUAUACUAUUGCUGGAAAGGCUAUUAAGUUAUCCGUAUCCAUGAAUGACGAUAACGAAACUGGAAAUCAUACAUCGAGUAAGACUUUGGACCAUAAUCAGCAUUUAGGAGAAGAUUCAUCAAGUCAUAAUCUCUCUUAUGGAUUUGAAGAAAUUGAGAAGGAGUUAAUAUCUACUAAGCUUGCUUUGGCACAAACAGAAACAAACUAUCAAAUCGAGGUUAAUAAUUUGAGGAGCAGAAUUGAGAAACAGAGAAAGCAACUACUUUCUUAUAGUUCCUAUGUUGGGAAUUUGGAGGUUAUUAAUGCUGAUUUAAAAUACGGGAAUAAGAAACAUAAAAAUUUUAAAUCUUCAGAUGGAGAUUUUGAUGAAAAUAUUGCUGAGAAUCAGAAUAACCAAACUUUUGUUACUAGUUCUCAAGACAGCAGUAAAUCGAAGAGUGGGAAAAAUAUUAACACAAUAAACUUGUAUUGGAAAACUUUAAAGCAAAGAAUAAGGUAA